CUGGAAAAAAAAACAAAAAAAACAAAGUCAGUCGUAAAAGCUUUAGGGGACGACGGCACUCUCACUAUCACCAUCUCCUCCGCUCCGAUAACUCUCUGAUGUCUCAUCGAUUUCACAAUUCUAACUAAAACUCGUUUUUCUCCGAUCAAACAUGGCAUCGGUAUCUCAAUCGCCGUCUUGUUCAACUAUACCCACGCCAGUUCGACGCUCGUCUCGAUCACCUUUCGCCGUUGCUGAAUUGAGGCGAUUGAAACAGAGAAGAGCUAUACCACCUGUGUCCGUAGGUCUCGGACACUUCACCGAUGUCGUACGCAGUGACUUUGAUUUCCUGAAGAACAAAAUCGGAAUCGGACUCCGGUGGGCGAACGAAGCUUUCCGUGUACCGGAAGUGACCAAAUCCGCUGAGGAGUUGUUUUGGCUUCGGCAUCUUGAGGAUCAUCGUGCUUCUACUAAUUCGGAGAAACAAGCUUGGCCUCAACCUUCAUACUCAGGGCUCUCUGGGGUGGACUUGUUCAUGGCUGAUGUCAAAGCUUUGGAGGCAUAUGCUGGUUACUUUUACUGUCUUUCUAAGAUGUGGUCAAGACCACUUCCUGAAGUUUAUGAUUCGCAAGCUGUUGCAGAUUACUUUAAUUGCAGGCCGCAUGUCGUUGCCUUAAGACUUCUGGAGGUAUUUUCUGCGUUCAUGAUUGCUGCCAUCAGAUUACGAACAUCAGCUUCUGACAAAGGCAAAGAUUUAGAAGCUUCAGAGAAGAAUUUUGGGAUGGUGUUGAAAGAAACCAUGCUUCGUUUGGGCCCCACUUUUAUUAAAGUUGGUCAAUCGCUUUCCACCAGGCCAGAUAUCAUUGGGACCGAAAUCUCCAAGGAACUAUCUGAACUGCAUGACCAAAUCCCUCCCUUUCCCUGGCCUGAGGCUGUAAAAAUCAUUGAAGAGGAAUUAGGUGGUCCUGUCGAAUCAUUCUUCAGCCAGUUUUCUCAAGAAACUGUAGCAGCAGCAUCCUUUGGUCAGGUCUACCGAGGAAGGACUCUUGAUGGUUCAGAUGUUGCAGUGAAAGUUCAGCGUCCUGAUCUAAGACAUGCAGUGCUACGUGACGUUUACAUUCUGCGACUUGGGUUAGGUGUACUGAGAAAGAUAGCAAAAAGAGAAAAUGACAUUCGUGUAUAUGCUGAUGAGCUUGGAAAGGGUUUGGCUGGAGAAUUGGACUUUAAUUUAGAGGCUGCCAAUGCCUCUGAAUUUCGGGAAGCCCACGCACGAUUUUCCUAUAUCCGGGUUCCAAAAGUUUAUCAACAUCUAACGCGCAAAAGAGUCUUGACCAUGGAAUGGAUGGUUGGCGAAAGCCCAACCGAUUUACUCUCAAUAUCUUCUAGUGACUCUGAUCAUGACCUUCAGAGUAAUGAGAAACAAAAAUCUGAAGCUAGAAGGCGUCUACUUGAUCUGGUGAACAAAGGGAUAGAGGCAACUCUAGUCCAACUCCUUGAUACCGGUAUUUUGCAUGCAGAUCCACAUCCUGGAAAUCUCCGUUACACAACCUCAAGACAAAUAGGGUAUCUUUUGACCAUCCUUCAUCUGGAAUAUGCAUUGGGAGAGGUUGAACUUAAAAACGGGAUUCCUGAUAUCGAGUUCACCAAGGUGCUUAGUAAAAUAGUCAAAGUGGCCCUGAAGUAUCAGCUACGCAUGCCACCAUACUUCACACUUGUCCUCCGUUCUCUUGCUUGCUUGGAAGGUCUGGCUGCAGCUGGAGAUCCAAAUUUUAAGACAUUUGAGGCUGCAUACCCUUUUGUGGUUCAAAAACUCAUCACGGAAAAUUCAGCCGCAACAACGAAAAUUCUUCAUUCGGCAGUCCUUAACCGAAAGAAGGAAUUCCGAUGGGAGAGGGUUGCCCUUUUCCUGAGUAAAAGUUCUACAAGGAAACAAUCGUCACUGGUAACGUUAUCAAGGGAUGAAACUUCUGAUGAUAGUAGUUCCAAUCUAACGGACAAAGAUGCUGACAAUGUAAGUUCGGUCUUGAGACUUUUGGCAUCCGAAAACGGUGUGGUUCUUAGAAGACUCUUGAUGGCUGCGAACGGAACUUCACUGAUCCAGACAUUUAUUUCAAGAGAGGCACAUGUCAUCCGCCAGAAACUUUGCACUACGAUUGCAAAUACCAUGUACCAAUGGAUGGUCGGAAUCCUCAGAGUUCAAUCCCUUAAAUUCGUUUCUCUUCCAGACCCACCAGCAUCUUCAGGAAUCAACAUUACAGUCCAAGACUUCAAGAUUCUAAUCAGCGACAAACGUGUUAGAGUGAUACUAAGAAAGAUACUGGAAUCUGCAAAAAGUGACCGAGUCUUGAUGCUCAGAUUAUGCUGGACUUCCUUUGUCAUGUCUCUCACCACUACUGCUCUUGCUUGUCAUCGGUUUGUGAUCUCAGUCUCUGAAGGUUACAUCAACUACUUAUCUAUGUCUGCUCCAGUCGCACUUCGUACCUGAACAUCUCACAGUGACACAUGACCAGAGCAUCUAAUGUAUAUUCUUGUCAAGACCCAAACAAAGGGUUCCUUAGGAAGGGGGAGACAGAUUCCAUAGAAUGACUAAAGAUUUUAGUGUAUAGAGUUGUUCCAUAUCUAAUACUAUCAGACAAUCAUAUCUUCCGAUGCAUAAUGUUAAAAAUCCUUUUCUUUGCUUCAAGAACACAUAAUAGAAUGCUCUCCACCAUUUGUAGCAA